AUGGCAGACCAGUCUCGUUACAGCGACGAUGAAGAGUUGGAGGCCUCACUGAUUCAGCGGGCAGUGGUAAGCGUUCACUACCAGCCUCAUGGAGCACGACAAACAGCUGACACAUCUCAGGACUUGUCCGUCGCGCCAAUUCGACUCCUGACCUCUCGCACCGCCAUCAAGGCAUACCUAAGCACCCUUCUGUUUCUAACCACAUCCACCGUCCUCCUCACAAUUUCUUCCACGGCAUAUGGUUUCUUCUACUACAGCUACAUCCCUCAAAUCAACCUUGAGCGCGUCUUGUACUUGCAGUAUGGUGGUCCUGGCAUCUCUCCGCACGCUACAACAGAGCUUGACACCUCGGCCUUGAUUUCACAACAAGCAUAUGAUGUUGAGUUAAUACUGGAUAUGCCACGCACCCCCACAAAUCUCGAGGCUGGUAAUUUCAUGCUUGACCUAUCUUUGCUGGGAACUGGUAUGAACGGGAAGAAUGUGCCUAACCCGCUGACUUCAUGGCUCGCCAAUAUCACGGUCGAUAAUGUCCUUCACCAUUCCCGUCGUCCCGCAAUCCUGCCAUACGCUUCUCCUAUCAUCUCGCUCAGCCAUACUUUCCUUCAUCUGCCGUGGCAUCUCCUCAACUUCCGAGAUCUGGAUGCAUCUCAUUUGGUCGUUCCUAUGUUCGAGUUGUUGUCUUUCCCACGAGGCUCCCGCAACGUCCCGUCCCAUGCCCGACUUGAGCUUCAAUCCACCAGUCUACUUCAAGUCUAUAAUGCUAAACUCGUUUUUCGCGCGAAGUUCCAGGGCCUGCGCUAUCUGAUCUACAAUUAUCGCGUUACGGCUUUCGCCCUAUUCACCACCUUGUUUUACACUGUGAGCAUCACGACCAUGGCUCUUGCUUGGGCAUUGAUUUCAUCAGCCUUGGGCACGGGUCAGGAAGACGGAUGGCGACCCAAGCAGAUCAAGCAAGAAGGAGAAGACAAGCAAGCAAAGACGGAUCCAGACUCGGAUAGUGGCAUGAAGAUCAAGACUGAAGACGACACCGAGCCAAUGACGCCUGGGACUUUGCUGCCUGAAGAAAGCCAGCGGGCGGGACUGAGAGAUGAGACGAAUGACAAUGCGUUAGCCCUGCAGAUCGGUCCCGAUGAGGUGGCUGACGACGAAGACGACGAAGGUGACGCACAAGAGAUGCGAGGAAGGCCUUUUCAUCCCGACUCAGGCAUCGGCACAAGUAUGGAGAGCGAACAUCCUACUUCAGAGAUGGUCCGGAGAAGAAGUUCGCGUGGCUUGGCUAGCAGGUGA